AUGGUAAAUACUGCACAAAAAACUGCAAAGGAGGGAACUGCCAAGGAACGUGCAACUGUGGAUGUGGAGGAGGAAAAUGCGAUCCCAAAGCCUGCAAAAAAGCCGACUGCCAAUGCUGUAAAGAGAGGGAAGGGUAAAUGGCCUACUGACCAGUACUAUCUGAAAAGAAUCUAG